CAUCCAACCAGGAAACACACACACACACACACUACACACAGUAUACACGUUCUGAGCACAGCUCGAGAGAGAGAGAGAGAGAGAGAGAGAGAGAGAGGACUUGUGAUAAUUUAUGAUCAGUACUAUAAAAGAAAGCGAAGCAACCAUUUUCUGUUGGCAAUAUUUUUCACCUCAAACGCACAUGGUUUCUUCUUGAUCCCUCACAUUUUUUUCUUGGGUUUUCCCUUUAUUAUUUGUUUUCUUUAUUCAUCAGCAGCACAUGCACUCUCUCAUCGACCCACCUCGUCUACUCCUCUCGCUGCAUUUUCUAUGCGCUCUCAAACCUUGGCCUGCUAUUAUUUUUUUCUUUGACUGAGAAAUCCAAAGAGAUUCUUUCAGAUCUACAGUGAAAAGGUUUAAGGCCGUGAAUGGACUCGACCCUUUUGUUAUUCUUGCAUCACAGAGAGUAGCUGUCAGGAAUUCUUGGAUUCAACCAAGGUCAGCUUUUUGGGGGUUGUUAUCCUAAUUUGGAUUGGCAAUUCCUGUUUUCUCACCUUUUGGAUUGUUAGUGCUCCUUGGAUUCUGUCAAUGGACCUCUGUCUUGUAUUGCCCCGGAUGAAAAGAACUUCCGUGUAUGUAUGCUCUGAGAGGUCGAGUUUUUGUUGACAUUUUCAACUGUAACUACGUUGAAAUUGAAUGUUAAUCAGUAGAAGAGCAGUGUUGUAUGCUGAGUUAGUGACUUCACUCAUCGGAAAAACUCCGGCAGCAUUUGGGCAUCAACGGCGCCCCAUAAGCAUGCAAAAGUCUAAACUGAGGUGCAGAUGUCAAUGUCUAAUUGCUUGGUUUCAUUGAAUUGGUAUUACGGUUCUGCAAAGGGCUGUCUGUGAAAGAAUUAAACAACCGGACUAGAAAUGGGUUGUGAGAUUGAGAUUGAUCAAUCAGAAGAUAUGGACAUUGUCCUAUCUUCAAUGUGGCCGGAAAACAUAAAUGAGGCUGGGAGGCAAUUUAAUAUUGAAAGGCCUGGAGCAGAUCAAGAUAUGUUGGAGGAGGUAACAAUCAACAAGGAGUCCAAUAUAGUCGAUUUUAAGCGUCUUAUGGAGCUUACAAAUUACAGUGACAAGGGUAACUGGCAACUGGCAAACUUGAUAAAGAAUUGGGAAUAUAGGCAGGCUAAUGCGGUGCGACUUCUCAGGGAGGAGCUCGAAAAUCUUAGCAAGCAACAAGAAGAAGUUGAACUCAAGAAGUUGGAGAUAUUGGAAGAACAUCGGUUCGAAAAAGAUGGAUAUGGUGGUGAUAAGCGUCCGAUUUCUGUUCUUGAUGAACAUCUGAAGUAUUUAUAUCAAGAUGCUCCUCGAAGAAAGAAUGAUGUUAUCUUCCGAGAUGAAAAAAUAGAAAUAGAUGCUGAAUAUGACAGCGUUAUAUACUGGAAGCAACGGUCUAUGAAUCUAGAGAAACUUUUAGAGGCAAGUCUACAGCGAGAGCAGAUAUUAUUGGGGAAAUUGCAGGAAAGUAUCGAAAAUCUGGAAAGGCAAUCCUCUCCUGUAGAAGAAUUAUCGCAGGUUUUGAUGAGAGCAGAUAAUUUCUUACAUUUUGUCCUGCAAAAUGCACCAGUUGUCAUCGGUCACCAGGACAAAGAACUGCGCUACAGAUUCAUCUUUAAUCAUUUCCCAAGUUUGCGCGAGGAGGAUAUCAUAGGCAAAACGGAUGUAGAGAUCUUCAAGGGUGCUGGUGUAAAGGAAUCUCAAGACUUCAAAAGAGAAGUUCUGGAAAGAGGAUUACCUGCAAAGAGGGAAAUCACAUUUGAAACAGAGCUGUUUGGUACAAAAAUCUUCUUAAUUUAUGUUGAGCCUGUUUUCAGCAAGACAGGAGAGACAAUUGGCGUAAACUAUAUGGGAAUGGAAGUAACUGAUCAGGUGAGGAAAAGAGAAAAGAUGGCAAAGCUUAGAGAAGAGAUGGCUGUACAAAAAGCCAAGGAGACAGAACUCAACAAAACAAUUCAUAUCACAGAGGAAUCAAUGCGAGCAAAACAAAUGCUGGCUACCAUGUCUCAUGAGAUAAGAUCUCCUCUAUCUGGAGUUGUAAGCAUGGCUGAGAUUCUCUCCCACACUAAACUCGACAAAGAACAGCGGCAGCUCUUGAAUGUAAUGUUGUCUUCAGGCGAUUUGGUUCUUCAAUUAAUAAAUGAUAUCCUUGAUCUUUCCAAGGUGGAGUCAGGAGUUAUGAAAUUGGAAGCUACAAAAUUUAGACCAAGAGAGGUAGUGAAGCACGUACUCCAGACAGCAGCAGCAUCAUUACAGAAACUACUAACCUUAGAAGGACAUGUAGCCGAUGAUGUUCCUGUGGAGGUUAUUGGUGAUGUCCUAAGGAUUCGCCAGAUUCUCACAAACCUAGUCAGCAAUGCCAUCAAGUUUACUCAUGAAGGCAAGGUCGGAAUAAAGAUUUAUGUGGUUCCAGAGCCUCACAGUCUAACCAAACAAGAUUCUCAGAAAAUGUCUUCAGAUCAAACAACUGAUUCUGCAACCAUGGGGAAAGAAUUGUUGAUGUCUGAGAUGGAAGAAGACAAAGUGAGCCAUCCCGAUGCAGAGGAACCAGUAGUGUGGAUUCGCUGUGAUGUCUACGACACAGGGAUUGGAAUACCUGAACAUGCUAUGCCCACUCUAUUUAAGAAAUACAUGCAAGUGGGAGCAGAUACUGCUAGAAAGUAUGGUGGAACAGGACUAGGCCUUGCAAUCUGUAAGCAACUGGUCGAGCUCAUGGGUGGUUAUCUUACUGUUUCCAGCAAAGAGCAUUAUGGGUCUACUUUCACGUUUAUACUACCUUACAAAGUUUCACUGAUCUCUGAUAGUUCAGAUGACUCUGAUGAACUCUCACAUACCGAGAACCAAGAUUUCCCAAAUGAUGGAAAUGAUGAUGAUUUACAUUCAGGCAUUUUUCUGUUCCAACCACACACUUUGGCUUCUCAAAGGUCUGGAAGGAUCCCAAAGCUCUCUCCAAUUACUUAUGGAUUUAAUGCCUCACAGAGACUUAAUGGCUUGUUAGAGGACUCUUCAUCUCCCUCUAGUAGGAUUACAUAUAAAGAGACCAGUUUGGAAGAAGAUGCAUAUUCAGCAGCUGGUCCAAUGGAGGCAUCAUCUGAUCUUGAAGUUUCACAGACCCACAGCUUGCUUUCGAACAACUCAUGUUCAGCUGAGAAAAAUGAACUGGGUCAUUCUGAUAUGAAUAAUCAUUUUCAUCCUUAUGCACACUCCACCAGUUCCUCAAGAGUAAGUGAGAACACAAAUAAAACUUCAGAGACGAGCGUUUCCCAAGAAAGGUAUCAAACACAUGAAGAAAGAGAUCGAGCUUCUGAGUGCUCUUCCAGCAACAAUGCUGAAAUUCCAACAGCUGAGCUGAAACCUAAGAUACUUCUUGUGGAAGAUAACAAGAUUAUUGUUACAGUGACAAAGUCGUUGAUGAAGCAGUUGGGCCACAAUGUUGAUGUUGUAAAUAAUGGAGCAGAAGCUCUCCGGGCAGUUCAACGCCAAAGCUAUGAUCUCAUUCUAAUGGAUGUAUGCAUGCCAGUGAUGGAUGGUCUUCAAGCUACAAGAUUGAUCCGAUCCUUUGAGGAAACUGGUAGUUGGGACGAUGCAGUGAAGGCAGGGAUCGAGCUGCAAUUACCACCUGAAAAUUCUUCACCAAAUUCACAACAAAAAAAGCCAGGAAAGAGGAUCCCUAUCAUAGCGAUGACAGCAAAUGCAUUGUCGGAGAGUGCUGAUGACUGUUUUGCUAAUGGUAUGGACUCAUUUGUAUCAAAACCUGUAACUUUACAAAAUUUAAGACAAUGUCUGCAACAAUAUUUACCAGAGUAGCAGCUGUAAAUAUAGCAUCUUGUACAGAAAAAGG